AUGACAACAGCUGAUCCAUCUUAUUACUACUAUGCUCAACACCAACAGUAUCCUUCUGCUAUAAAUACAAAUUUAAAUCAAUUACAAUUGAAUGUAAAUGAAGUUAAUGAUAUAAUGAGAAACAACUUGGUGCAAAUAUUGGAUCGUGGUCAAAAUUUAGAUCAAUUACAAAAUCAAAGUGAAAAUUUACAAUACCAAGCGUCACAAUUGCAGCAGACAGCGGGUAAAGUUAAAAGUAAACUGUGGUGGAAUAAUUUAAAAUGGUGGGUUAUAUUAAUAGUGCUGAUUAUUGUAAUUCUUGUUAUUAUUGUUAUUGUUCUAGCUGUAGUUUUGACUAGGGGAAACACGACGAAGAAUGGAUAG